AUGUCGGUCAAAAAGGUGACUGACAUCAAGCUCGAUAUCGAGAAGUCUGUGAAACGCGAAGGCACGUUUGAUAUUGUAAGGAAACAAGGGUUCGCCAUUGCCAACUCUGAUGGCUUUCUGGAGUCGUUACAGAAAAAGGUAGCCGUCGAUAUUCGUAACAUGGUUCGUUGUAAUCCAGAACGGUUGUCGAAGGAGGAUUUCAGGCGUAUGAUUAGGCAUCAUCUUCGUACUAAAUAUAUGCCGGAAAUCACCGAGAAAGUUAAUUCUUCCGUGGAUCGUGAAUGGCUGAAAUCACAACUUGCUGACAAUGUCAAAGAAAAGGUUGAAAAGGCGCUCAUGGUAGAAUCUGUGAUGGAAGGGAAAGUGCCUAUAAAUUCCUUUGAUUUCGGUCCGUUUGCUAGCUCAGAAGAUUCUGGUCGUGACUCAAGUAGUGGCAUGACUGAAAGCGGAAACUCAUGCUCGGAUAUGUCCGUUUCGGAUGUGGAGUCCGAGAUGUCAUUUGUCGAUGUGAUGAAUUAA